AUGUUGAAGCUUUGCGAAGAAUACGAAGCUGAGGAAUCGUUAAUAAACGAGCUUCUAGAACAAAAUGACAUUUUAAAUCAUUUGGACAAUUUGCUCUCGAGAACCACGGAAGCUUUGGAUAAUCAUUUUAAUUUCGAUAGAGAUAUAGAAGCUUUGGAUACCAGCUUCAACAAUGACAGUAUCAGAGACGAUGAAUCUUUAAUAUCGUAUGAGACUACUCAUGUUAUUCCCCUAACAUUAAAUGAAGAACAGAGGAAUAAUAGAAGAAUUUACAGUAUUAAACUCUCUGACUUUCCUACAGGAACAUCUGCAAGAGACUUGCAUGAUAUUAUUGCUGCACCCGAACAAUUACAAGGUUUGUCAUAUGCUUACAUGAAUUGUGAAACAGAUGAAGAUUUAUUUAACGCAACAGCCAAAGAUUACAACUUUUUAUUGGUGUGGAGAAGAUACCAAAACUUGUCAUAUAUGUGGAUCACCUGA